CUGGCAGCCUCGCCCCCCUCUCCCCUCAGGAAACAGGGGUCCUUCGAUGAGAUGAAGCAGAUGAGUCGGAUCGUAAAACUCAACAAACACUAAACAUCACCAAGUCCAUGUGAGGAGAGGGACGUCCCAGGAUCCACCAUGGGUGACGCGGAGCUGGAGCUAUCCCCCUCCCCCCCAGAGGCAGAGCCCUCCCCUGUGCAGCCCUCCCCUCCCUCCCCCUCCCACUCGCCCUCGCCCUCCCCCUCCCCGUCCAUCUCCAUCACCUCCUCCCCGUCCCUCUCCCUGCCCUCCACGCCGUCCUCGGGCCCCCACCACCACGGCCUUCGCCGGAGCCCCAGCCCCAGCGAGGGCCACGGGGGUUCCAGCCCCGCCCUGGACGUCAUCUCGGAGGGCAUGGGGGAGCUGACGCUGGUCAUCGACUCCGAGGUGGCCAAUCGGGCGUGCCAGGAGGUGCUGCUGAAGGUGAAGCAGCAGCAGCAGGGGGUGGAGGAGGGCUCCGAGGUCCCGGACCCCCACGCCGCCACCAACACCGCGACGACCACGACGACGACGACAUCGGAGCAGGGCCUCCCCAACGGCGACCUCGGCGGCCCCGGGACCCCCGGCGCGGUGACGGGCGGCGGCGUCUGCGGCGUGGGGGUCAAGGCCCCCCUCAUCCGGGAGGAGGAGGACCCCUCGUCGGCGGCCAAGAGCGCCCGACGGCGGCAGCGGCACAACCCGUCCAAGCAGUCGUGGCUGCUGCGGCUGUUUGAGUCCAAGCUGUUCGACGUCUCCAUGGCGAUCUCCUACCUGCACAACUCCAAGGAGCCCGGGGUGCAGGCGUACAUCGGCAACCGGCUCUUCAGCUUCCCGCACGAGGACGUGGACUUCUACCUGCCCCAGCUGCUCAACAUGUACGUGCACAUGGACGAGGACGUGGGCGACGCCAUCAAGCCCUACGUGGUCCACCGCUGUCGGCAGAGCAUCUCCUUCUCCCUGCAGUGUGCCUGGCUGCUGGGCGCCUACUCCUCGGACAUGCACAUCUCCACGCAGAGGCACUCCCGCGGCACCAAGCUGCGCAAGCUCAUCCUGUCCGACGAGCUGAAGCCGGCCGGGGCGCGGGCCCGCCGCGACCCGCCCACCCUGUCCCUGUUCUGCCCCUCGGCCAAGCCCCUCCACGGGGCGCUGGCGGCGGGGGGGGGCCCGGCGGGGGGGCUGGCGGGGCUGGGGGCGCUGGGCGGCGAGCACAGCCUGUCGCCCUCCAAGCGCACCCACCAGCGCUCCAAGUCGGACGCCACGGUCAGCGUGAGCCUCAGCAGCAACCUGAAGAGGACGUCCAGCAACCCCCGGGUGGAGAGCAACCAGGAGGAGACGGUGCGUCUGACCCCCCAGAGGGAGUUCAUCAAGUCGCUGAUGGGCAUCGGGAAGCGCCUGGCCACGCUGCCCACCAAGGAGCAGAAGACCCAGCGGCUCAUCUCGGAGCUGUCGCUGCUCAACCACAAGCUGCCGGCGCGCGUCUGGCUGCCCACCGCGCCCUUCGACCACCACGUGGUCCGCGUGCCGCACUCCCAGGCCGUGGUGCUCAACUCCAAGGACAAGGCGCCGUACCUGAUCUACGUGGAGGUGCUGGAGUGCGAGAACUUCGAGACGUCGUCGGUGCCGACGCGGAUCCCGGAGACGCGGAUCCGCAGCACGCGCUCGGUGGAGAACCUGCCCCAGUGCGGCAUGACGGCGGAGCAGCGCACCGCCUCCUUCUCCACCGUGCCCAACUACGACAACGACGACGAGGCCUGGUCCGUGGACGACAUGGGCGAGCUGCAGGUGGAGCUGCCAGAUGUGCACACCAACAGCUGUGACAACAUCAGCCAGUUCUCCGUGGACAGCAUCACCAGCCUGGAGAGCAAGGAGCCCGUCUUCAUCGCAGCUGGGGACAUCAGGCGGCGCCUCUCGGAGCAGCUGGCCCACACCCCCACCACCUUCAAGAGGGACCCCGAGGACCCCUCGGCCGUGGCCCUCAAGGAGCCCUGGCUGGAGAAAGUCAGGCGUAUCCGGGAGAACUCCCCGUAUGGACACCUGCCCCACUGGAGGCUGCUCUCCGUCAUCGUCAAGUGCGGAGACGACCUCCGGCAGGAGCUGCUGGCCUAUCAGGUCCUCCAGCAGCUGCAGUGCGUGUGGGAGAUGGAGCGCGUGCCUCUCUGGAUCAAGCCCUACAAGAUCCUGGUGCUGUCGUCGGACAGCGGCAUGAUCGAGCCGGUGGUGAACGCCGUGUCCAUCCACCAGGUGAAGAAGCACAGCCAGCUGUCGCUGCUCGACUACUUCCUGCAGGAGCAUGGCUGCCCCACCACCGAGGCCUUCCUCUCCGCCCAGAGGAGCUUUGUGCAGAGCUGCGCCGGCUACAGCCUCAUCUGUUACCUGCUGCAGGUCAAGGACCGGCACAACGGGAACAUCCUAUUGGACGCCGAGGGCCACAUCAUUCACAUCGACUUCGGCUUCAUCCUAUCGAGUUCACCCAAGAACCUGGGCUUCGAGACGUCCGCCUUCAAGCUCACCUCUGAGUUCGUGGAUGUGAUGGGCGGUCAGGACAGGGACAUGUUCAACUACUACAAGAUGCUGAUGCUGCAGGGCCUGAUCGCCGCCAGGAAGCACAUGGACAAGGUCAUCGCCAUCGUGGAGAUCAUGCAGCAGGGCUCCCACCUGCCCUGUUUCCACGGCUCCGGGACCAUCCGGGGGCUGAAGGAGCGCUUCCACAUGUCGCUGACGGAGGAGCAGCUCCAGGUGCUGGUGGAGCAGAUGGUGGAGGGCUCCAUGCGCUCCAUCACCACCAAGCUCUACGACGGCUUCCAGUACUUCACCAACGGCAUCAUGUGACCUCCCCCUCCCCCCUCAACCCCACCCCCCAACUACACACACACACACACACAAGCAGACACACGCACACGCACACACACGCACACAUCUAUGGCGGACGUCUCCGGAUGUCCUGGGACGGAGCGAGCGAGAGACAGUCGUAGAGAGAGAGAGAGACUCUGUGACGGAGGCCGGCUUCGUCCAGGACGCUGAGGGGCGUCUCGCAGACUGAAGAGGGGAGCGCCCCCCCACUGACUGGGAGCCCCCCCCCACUGGGAGCCCCCCCCCACUGACUGGGAGCCCCCCCACUGACUGGGCGCUGUGGCCCCCCCUGUUGAAACCUCUUGUUCUGUUGGUUUGUUUUGUUGUUUCUUUGUUGUUUGUGUCUGCGUCCUCACGGCGUGAAGCUCUCAGCCCCUCCGGGCUGAUGAACCCCACCCUGCUCUAAGGCGACCACUCAGUGACUCAACUACAGGAGGUGGACGGGCGACCAAUGAGGCUGGACCAAGAGAGAAACACUAGCGUCCGAUUGGGCGGAUGUCAACCCCAAGGUCCCGCCCGCCUCCCCUAAAGCAGACGCACACACACACGCACACACUCUGAGGUCGGGACUCCCUGUGGACAAACUUUCCUGAUGUCACUUCUCAAACGCAGUCUCCUCCGUUUCCAUGGUGAUUUCCCCCCCCCCACUUACCGGGCCUGUCUGGGGAGAUGAAGACGACAGAAUGAUGGAGAAAGGGGCGUCGGCCUGCCUCAGACCAAACCCCACUUUGAAACGUUUUGUGUUUUUUUGUUUUUGAUUUUCAACAUUUCAUCGGAUCGGAGAGACGAAGAGUCUCCUCGAUUUUGGUUUAUAUUUUAUUUUCGUGUUUUUCCAAUCGUUAAAAUCUCUUCAAUGCAAAAAAAUGAAUAGAUCAAACCAAAAGAUGGCGGCCGGGACGGAUGUAAGACAUGUGAAGGAGGAGAAGGAGGGAGAGAGAGAGAGAGAGAGAGAGAGGGGAGGAGGAGGAGGAGGAGGAGGAGAGAGAGGAGAGCGAGGAGAGCUAGGGUGCUCCCGUCAGACCGUGGCGGUCUUCAUUCCCUCGGUCUUUAACCUUUUAACGCUUUGUUGUUUUAAGGAGCAGCUGUACCAUGUGACCCCCCCCCCCACUCACAUCACUAACUGUGAACGUUUUGUUUGUACAAUAAAAGGACAUGUUGCUGCCUGCA